AUGUCUCUUCUUCCUGUCGCUAUUUGGGGCCUCCAGGUCAAGGCCGAUGGUAGCAUCUCCCCUGCUAUCGCCAAUAUUCCUGCUACUUUCCGCGUCACUAUGGCUGCUAUUGAUCCAACAGCCAAGCCAAAAGACCCAAAACAGCCCUUGCGCUCCACCCUGAAGAUUAUGCGCCGUCCUCUCCAGAACCCCGAUUUUGAUGAGGAUGACGAAGAUGAUGAAGAGACCGACUCUGAGUCCGAGGAGGAGUCCGAGGAGGAGGCUCCGUCAGUUAAGGGCAAUAAGGGAUCGAAGAAAAGCGCUGCUCCUGCCAAGAAGGCUGCCGAGGAAGAUGAAGACGAGGAUGACCUUGAUCUCUCUGACGACGAUGAAUAUGAGAUUGAGGAGUUCACAAUUUGCACUUUGGACACUGAGAGGAACUACCAACAACCUCUCGACAUUGUCAUUGGCGAAGACGAGGAAUGCUUCUUUAAGGUCGUUGGAAACUUUGAUAUAUCCCUGACUGGAAACUACGUUGUUGGUUCUGGCGACGCCGAUAAAUACGACGAGGAUUCAGAUGAAGGUGACGACUACGACCUCUCUCCCGAUGAGGAUGAGCUUGAGCUAUACGGAGACGAGUCCGACUCUGACGAUCUCGAUGACCUCGAGGAUCCCCGCAUCCAAGAAAUUGCCACUGAUGACGAGGCCGAGGCUAAGAACGCCGCGAAAAAGGCUGAGAAGAAGGGCGAGAAGAAGGACGAGAAAAAGAAGGCUGAAAAGAAGUCUUUGAAGCGCUCCGCCGAUGAGUCCGAGGGCGAGGAGCCCACCAUCGCCGACUUGAUCGCCAAGGCUAAAGAAGUAAAAGAAGCUGCCGUUGCUACUGCCGCUCCCGAAAAGAAGCUUUCCAAGAAACAGCUCAAGAAGCUCAAGGCCAACGACGGAAAAGCUGUCGAUGCUACUGCUGAUAAGGGUAAGAAAGUUCAGUUCGCCAAGGAGCUUGAGCAGGGCCCAACCCCUUCUCCUGCCGCUACAGAGAAGAAGUCUGAGAAGAAAUCUGCCGAGAAGCCUGUUGCCGAGAAGUCCACUACCGAGAAGAAGAAGCCUGAGUCCAAGCAGCCGAAGAUUGUUCAGGGAAUUUCUAUCAUGGACAGCAAGGUCGGGACUGGAGCUGCCGCUAAGAAAGGCAACAGGCUCUCCAUGCGCUACAUCGGAAAGCUUGAUAACGGAAAGAUCUUUGAUAGCAACACCAAGGGAAAGCCUUUCACCUUCCAACUUGGUAAGGGUGAGGUCAUUCAGGGAUGGGAUAUCGGUCUUGAGGGAAUGCAGGUUGGUGGUGAGAGAAGAUUGAGGAUCCCUCCCGGCAGUGCCUACGGAAAGAAAUCCCUCCCCGGAAUUCCAGCUAACAGCACUUUGAUUUUCGAUGUCAAACUCAUCGAGAUUAAAUAA